AUGCAUCAUGGUCGUAUAUCAUAUUUAGGGCGGCCAUAUUUGGAACCUUGGCCGAGACUAAUGGGCCAUAUAAAUUUGAGGCUCCCGGAUGUCUUGUGAAGCUGUCAUAGACUCGAUUUCUAUUAUUGUCAAUCGAUUCAUCUCGAUACACCGUUUCACAGUUCCCAACCAUGGCUUCAAACGGACUACCCCACGUCAAGCUCUUCUGGCUCGAGAAGUCGCGCUCCCAGCGCAUCCUCUGGCUGCUCCAGGAGCUCAAUCUGCCCUAUGAGCUUGAGAUCUUCCACCGCAACAAGAAGACCAUGAUGGCUCCCCCGGAGCUGCAAAAGGUGCACCCACUGGGCAAGUCGCCUGUGAUUCAGAUCAGACCUGCUGGUGCCGGUGAAGACGCUGAGCCUAUCACCCUGGCUGAGAGUGGCUUCAUCACUCAGUAUCUUGCGGAGAAUGUGCCUGAGGGUAAGAAGCUGGUGCCUCAGCGAUGGAAGGAGGGUAUGGAGGGCAAGAUUGGUGGCGAGACUGAGGCUUGGAUGAGAUAUCAGUACUAUCUUCACUAUUGUGAGGGUACUCUCAUGCCUCCCCUAGUCAUGGCCCUUGUUGUCAGCGCCCUCAAAUCUCCACAGGUUCCCUUCUUCAUCCGACCCAUAUCAACAAUCCUCGCCAACCGCAUCUUCUCCGCCUUCAUCUUCCCCAAUGUGCACGUUAACCUCAAGAUGAUUGAAGGCCACCUCGCCACAUCAGGUGGCAAGUACAUCUGUGGACCGCAACUCACUGCCGCGGAUAUUCUCUUGAGCUUCCCAUUGAUUGCUGCCAAAGAAGAUCUUGACAACUUUGGAACGUUUGAGAAUGGCUCUUGGAAGUCAGAGUUUCCCAAAGUGGCGGAGUAUAUUGACUUGAUUGAGAAUGAAGAGGGUUACAAGAAGAGUGUGGAAAAGAUUAUUGAGAUUGAUGGAGAGUUUUCCGCUACUCUUCGGCCGGGACAAUAGGCUUGAAGCAGCCGGAUAGAAACGAGUUAUUGAUUGAUUAAGAUGAUACGGAUAAAUAAAGAUAUUAUUUUGACUACCA